GAUCGUUAGUCUGGGUUUUUUUUUUUUGGUUGGAAUAAUCAAUGCGGAGUUUGAUCCGCAGCCCAACUUCAAAGUGCAGCACAUAGUUUGAGUUUGGAGCGCGUGCAGGCUGCACACAUGGACCCGCUGCUGGUUUUAGGCGCGCUGCUGCUGCUCACGUUCCUGCUGUGGAUCCGAGUCAAAGGUCUGGAGUACGUGAUCGUGCACCAGAGAUGGAUCUUCGUGUGUCUGUUCCUGCUGCCGCUCUCCGUCAUAUUUGAUGUGUAUUACUAUGUGCGCGCGUGGCUCAUCUUCAAGAUGUGCUCUGCGCCAAAACUGCACGACCAGCGCGUGCGAGACAUCCAGCGACAGGUGCGCGAGUGGAGGAAGGACGGCCGUAAGACCUACAUGUGUACGGGUCGACCCGGCUGGCUCACCGUGUCGCUCAGAGUGGGGAAGUACAAGAAGACCCACAAGAACAUCAUGAUCAACAUGAUGGACAUUCUGGAGGUGGACACCGAGAGGCAGGUGGUGAGAGUUGAGCCUCUAGCCAACAUGGGUCAGGUGACCGCUCUCCUCAACUCUAUCGGCUGGACACUGCCGGUGGUGCCCGAGCUUGAUGACCUCACCGUGGGUGGUCUGGUGAUGGGCACAGGCAUCGAGUCUUCCUCUCACAUUUACGGGCUGUUUCAGCACAUCUGUGUCGCCUUCGAGCUGGUUCUAGCCGACGGCAGCUUAGUGCGCUGCACUGAGGAGGAGAACUCGGACCUGUUCCACGCCGUCCCGUGGUCCUGUGGCACUCUGGGGUUCCUGGUUGCAGCCGAGAUUAAGAUCGUCCCCGUGAAGUCGUGGGUGAAGCUGCACUACGAGCCGGUCAGAGGACUGGAGAACAUCUGCAAACGCUUCGCUGAAGCAUCGGAGAACAAGCAGAACACAUUCGUCGAGGGCCUCCAGUACACUCUAGACACCGCUGUCAUCAUGACAGGAACCAUGACUGACCACGCUGAGCCUGAUAAGAUUAAUCGGAUCGGGCUGCACUUUCAACCAUGGUUCUUUAAACACGUGGAGAGCCACCUGAAAGGCGACCGGACCGGAGUUGAAUACAUCCCUCUGAGACAGUACUAUCACAGACACACACGCAGCAUCUUCUGGGAGCUUCAGGAUAUUAUUCCCUUCGGCAACAACCCGGUGUUUCGCUGGCUUUUCGGUUGGAUGGUUCCUCCCAAGAUCUCCCUGCUGAAGCUCACCCAGGGAGAGACCAUCAGAAAGCUUUAUGAGCAGCACCACGUGGUCCAGGACAUGCUGAUACCUAUGAAACACAUGCAGGAAGCCAUCACACGCUUCCACCAGGACAUCAAUGUUUACCCUUUGUGGCUGUGUCCGUUCCGGUUGCCACCAGGCCGAGGCAUGGUCCACCCCAAAGGUCAAGAGGAGGAGCUGUAUGUGGAUAUCGGCGCUUAUGGAGAACCCAGAGUGAAACACUUUGAAGCUAAAGCAUCAAUGCGUCAGCUGGAGAAGUUUGUCAGAGACGUGCACGGGUUCCAGAUGCUGUAUGCAGAUGUGUACAUGGAGCGAGAGGAAUUUUGGGAGAUGUUUGAUGGACAGCUGUAUCACAGACUGAGAGAUGAGCUAGGCUGUAAGGAGGCCUUCCCUGAGGUUUACGACAAAAUCUGUAAAUCAGCCCGACACUGACCGACGCCCUCCCUCCCUCAUCCCAUCACCGAUACCUGACCUCAGUGCUGUGUCACAGCAACUCACACUCUGUGACGGCUUUGAGGAUGUUUCAACAAAAACAAUGAUUCGCACAAAGAUACACCUGUGGAAGUGGAAUGAAGCUUUGUAAACACUAAGUGUGCAUUCAGACAGGAUACGGCACCAAAGAAACGCAGCGACCUGCAGCGGAGAAGUUCUGACUUGACGCAGCUCGAUUUCACACUUCAGCCACCAAUCGGAUCAGAUCAGCUCAAACAGCCACAGUCAGCCUGAAGUGUCUCUGAAGCUGAGACUAUCCAGGUGAUUCAUGGAUACUUUGUUUAUUUCAUGUAACAGCAUAUUUUAUUUUUCUCUCCCCUUUUUUAAAUGUGUGUUAGGAAACUUUUUCCGUGACAGAUUUUUUUCUCUAUUCACCUUUUAUUACCAGCCUUACGUACAGUUUACCAAGUGCCAAACACUUUGUACACUUCACAAUCGCACAUAUUUUAAAAUAUAUACUUUUUAUUUAGACAUUUAAAAGAAUAUAUAUAUUGUAACUUAUGUGGUACUAUUUUGAUAUCGAAAUCGGAUCAUGUCACCAGGAUUGUGUAAGGAUUGAAUGAAUGAAUUAAAAACUCUUUCCUGCA